GUCAUCAUCCAUCGUCGAUAAACUGCGAUAAAUCAAUAUUAAUCCAGUGAAAUUAGUUUUUGUUGUAUAUUUUCUGUGCUACGCGAAGAUAGUCCAGUAAAAAUGGCCAACAUUUCGAUGCAAGACAUCGAAGCGGUCGACGAUUACUGGGGACCAACGUUUCGUACGAUUUUGGAAGGAAACUCACACGAUUUAAUUUCGGAACAGCUUGAGACGCGAAUCCGUUCCCACGACAAGGACAUCGAACGGAUCUGCAAUUUGUACUACCAGGGCUUCAUCGAUUCCAUCCGUGAACUGCUGUUGGUAAAAUCCCAAGCCCAAGGUCUCAACCAGGAAGUGCAAGCACUCGAUGAGGGUCUGGCGAAAGCUUCGGCCGGGGUCAUUGCAAAGGGCAACGAUUUGGUCAAGGCCCGGAAGGUUGAGGGGAACAUUGCCGGAGCGAUCGAAGGUUUGUCCAGCUGUUUGCCAGUGCUGGAAUGCUACUCCAAGUUGCUGAAACAGGUACGAGAGAAACGAUACUAUCCGGCGCUGAAAACGUUGGAAGUGUUGGAGAACGAAUAUCUGCCGAAAGUGUCCGGGUACAGGUUUUCACAGCAGAUGCGAGAAACGAUUCCAAAGUUAAAAGAGAAUAUAAAGAAGUCGUCCGAGGAAGACUUCCGCGAGUUUUUGGAGAAUAUUCGUAAGUUUUCGCCGAGGAUUGGAGAGAUUGCUAUGAAGCAUACAAAAGAACUGCAGAAGCGAGAUUUGGAUACAAUUAUUGCCGAAUACAAGCAGAUGUCUUUGAAUGGGGAAUGUGUUGAUGACGAGGAGGAUGUAAAUGCUCAGGAUCUGAUUGAUUUUUCACCAAUUUAUCGAUGCUUGCAUAUUUAUACGGUGUUGAAUGAUAAAGAAUACUUUGAAAAGGACUACCGGAAGCAAAGGAGAGAUCAGGCAAAGCUGGUCCUGCAGGCCCCUCAAACAAUGCACGAUAAUCUUGAGGCUUACAAGACGUACAUUUAUUCGAUCGUUGGAUUUUUCGUUGUUGAGGAUCACGUUAUGAACACGGGAGGAGAAAUAGUUACUCAAACAUAUUUAGAUGAUUUGUGGUCAUCAUCGUUGACCAGAGCCGUAAACGUGCUGAGCAUGUCCUCAUCGUCCUGUACGGAUCCCAACAUCUUGCUUCGAAUCAAGAAUUUGAUUAUGCUCAGCAUUACGACGCUGAAGAACUAUGGCUACACUGUUUCCCAGCUGUGGGAUUUGCUGCUAGAAAUGCGAGAUCAUUACAACGAAGUUUUGCUUCAACGGUGGGUUAAUGAAUUCCGAGAUAUUCUGGACAAAAGUGAUUUCCUACCUUUGGAAGCAUUCACGCAGGAAGAAUACGACGCAGUUCUAGAACGGUUUCCCUUCCACUCGGAACAACUGGAAGCUCAGCAGUUUCCGAAAAAGUUUCCAUUUUCGCGUAUGGUUCCGGAAGUGUACCACCAAGCGAUGGAAUUUAUGUAUGCAUGCAUGAAGUUUUCGGAAGAGCUUACCCUCUCACCAAACGAGAUCGCCGCUAUGGUUCGGAAGGCGGCCAAUUUGUUGCUCACCCGUAGUUUCAGUGGCUGUCUGUCGGCAGUGUUUCGCAGUCCUAGUUUGGCGCUGAUGCAAGUUAUUCAGAUUAUCAUCGAUACCCAGUAUUUGGAGAAGGCGGGGCCAUUUUUGGAUAGUUUUGUAUGCAAAAUGACCGGGACCAGCCAAAACGUGACGCAAACGCCCUCAGCAAUGUUUCAGGUGGCUCGAUCGGAAGCUGAACAACAAGUUUCAACUAAGCUCUGCUCCAAGUUAGAUGAGUUUUUCGAGGAACUGGAAGGAUACGAUUGGUUGCUGCCGGAGAGCUACGGACACGCUUCCCCCUUUGUGACGGAUAUGAUCGCUUUCCUGCAGAGUACAUUCCAAAGUUUUUCCUACAUUUUACCGGGCGUAGCUCAGGCAGCCUGUCGGAAGGCUUGCGAACACGUCGCCACUCGGAUCUACAAGCUGAUUCUGUCUGAGGAGAUCAAGCAAAUUUCCGGAGGAGCUUUGGAUCAAAUUAACUUGGAUCUGAUGCAGUUUGAGUUGUUUGCCGCCUCGGAUCCCGUACCCGGUCUGCGAGAGGGAGAUCUGUCGAAAUACUUUGCUGAAAUACGACAGCUGUUGGAUCUGUUGAUUUCCGAAGAUUGGAGUGCCUAUUUGCAUGAUUUCGGAAAGGACGAGAACCGUUACUCAUUGGUGCACCCAUCGACGAUCAUUGUGGUGCUGGAAAAGCUACGAGAAGCGGACAAGAAGUCGAUGCUUUCGCUGAUGAAAUCCAAAUCGGAGCGAGACAAGAAGAAACUGUUGGAAACGGUCCUUCGUCAGUUGAAGCAGUUGGCCGAGAGGCAGAGUUAGGUAAUUUCGGAUUUAAGAAUUAUUCUUUUUUUACCGGCACUUUCUACACUGACUUGCGUUUAUCUGUUUCAUCUAGACAGUCAGUGUAAAAAGUAACUGUAACCUUGUCUAGCAUUAGUUAAUCGCAUAUUUAUUAAUAAGCAAAUGUAAUUCCAAUUAUAAUAAAGGAAUCCAUAUUUUACGAGUCUAAUUUAA